AUGGUUUAUACCCGUUUUUUGUCAGCUAUCCUUGUGAGUUUUUCAGUGCUUGUGUUACCAAUCAGUGCUCUGGUAUGUCCAAAGAACUGGGUACCUUUUCAAACCUCGUGCUACAAGUUCUCUUCCAAGUCACUCUCCUGGAAUGCAGCAAAAGCUUCCUGCGAAGCACAAAGAUCCCAUCUCGUCGUGAUCAAUUCUCGAGCUGAAAAUCAAGGGAUUGGCACGUGGGUAACACAUCAUUCAUAUCAUAUUGGUUUGUAUAGGGAUCCUAAAGACAAGAAUCGCUGGCUCUGGGUCGAUGGUUCGCGACCAAAAUUUACCAAUUGGUAUUCUGGAGAGCCUAAUAAUUCUGGAGGCAGCGAGGACUGCAGCCAGAUAUAUAGCAAGAGGCACGGAUGGAGGUGGAAUGACAUCCCUUGUCGUUUUUCACUGCUUUACAUUUGCGAAACCAGUGGUAAAUGUCCAGUCCUCACGGCUGGUCGUCUCGUCAAAACUACACCAAGCAAGUGUGUGACAUCACAAGUGAAAAGUGGAACCAAAUGUUCGUUCUCAUGUCCACAGGGAUACCAUUUACGAGGCCCCUCUCAGAAACAGUGCGGGGCUAAUGGUCUGUGGACGGCUAGUGCUAAACCUGUAUCGUGCAAAGAUACUGACGAGUGUGCUGUGUCAAAUGGUGGCUGCAGUCAUAAGUGUGUCAAUACGGCAGGAGGCUAUAAAUGCGAAUGUCCAGACCCAGAGCUGAGUUUAUCAUUGAAUAAAAAAACGUGUUACGCUGUAGGAGUCGAUGUCCACUGCAACAGCAAUAAUAUGACCAUCAUCAUUCCAAAGUUCCUUCUCCGCGGUCUUGACCGUCAGCAUUUGCGACUCCGGGAAACAAGAUGCAAGGCUAUGGAAACCAGUUCCCAUUUCUCCUUAACGACUUCGCUGACCAGCUGUAACACAACACGAAGGCUCACAUCUACCGCUACCGUCUACUCUAAUACGGUCUUGGAAAUUCCCGUGGUUGCUCAGGAUGUCGUGACACGUGUGCGGGAAAUAGAAAUUCAGUUCAGCUGUUUUUAUUCCAAGUAUGGAGUAGUUUCAUCCGUUGGUUGGAAGCCAAACAACAGAAAGCUUGAGUUCACUGCUGAAGGCAAAGGAAACUUUACACUUUCUAUGAAUAUGUUCCCUGACAAAAGAUUCGUGAGUCCUUACACGAACGAUGAUUUCCCUGUUGAUGUGAUGCUACGUAAACUUCUAUAUUUUGAAGUGUCAGUGACAUCGAGUGACAAGAAGCUGUCAAUCAUGGCUGAUCGGUGUUACGCCACGCCCACUCAGAAUGGGAAAAAUUCUUUGAAGUACGAAUUUAUUAAGAAAGGAUGCCCAAGUGACGUCACCGUGAACUAUCACUCUGCGUCUUCAUUGAGUGCUCAGCGGUUUAGCUUGGAGGCUUUCAAGUUCAUUGCAGAUCAUCCAUUCGUAUUCGUUCACUGCCACGUGAUUGUAUGUAAUGCAACCAAUCCAGCCUCACAGUGUGUAAAGAAAUGUUCAUCAAGUGACCGAGAAAAACGUGCAAUGAGUGGACACGUGACUAAUGACGUGUAUUCUUUGGCCCAGGGCCCGAUUCACCUCGCGCGAGGCAAGCGAGAGAGAAAGGAAAAGAACGCCUUUGAUAAAAUAGGAUCUAGUCCUUUCUUCAUGAUGUCAUUCUUCGGGAUGUGCGUCGCUUUCUUGGCGGGAACCGCGCUGAUGAUCGUCAAGAAGUCACGUGACAAACGCGAUGACUAUACUCUGCUUGCUAGCGGAAGUCAAGAGCAGUAAACACAUGCUCAAUGACGAUAACCGGACUUGACAAAUCUUGGGCGAAGUAGAGUUGAAGAGAUCAAAGCGAAGUGCUUUCUUUUUUAACUUUUUCCCUUCUCAAAGCAAUUUAAUUUGCAUUAUGAUGGAUCCUCUAAAUAUGACAACAGUCAGAUGAUGAAAGUUAUAAUUAUCAGACUUUACCUCUUCGGGAAGUCGUAAAGAAAAUUAAAACUUAACAAUCUCGUUGUUUACUUGCCGUUGCCUUCAAAUCUGAACUAAAUCCGAUUUAUUCGAGAUUAUCUUUUUUGAUAUAUAUAUAUAUAAAAAACUUUAAACUUCUUAAGCGCAUUUGAUAUGACGCAUUGCUCGAGGAAAUGUUCUUGCUUUGAUAUCUGCUGCUCAAGUUUGACUCAAUAUGUAGAUACUGGUUCGUCUCAAAACUUUGCUAACUCUGCUUGAGUAGUUAAGCAUAGUUUGAGGGACUUUUCAACGAUCUUCUCAUCACCGGACAUGACGAAAAGAAAUAUGAUUCGAUAAUAAGGGUACUUGCUAAGUAGAAAGUAGUUUGCUUUAUUUCGUUUAAGUAUUCUGAGGAAGUUUAAAGUUUUUAUUCAAGCGCGGGAAUACGUUAGCAUUUGUUCAGUUUUUUCACCAACAUCAGCAGGGAUGCAUUCGAUUUUUUUGAUUUCCCGUCUGUGAGCAGAGUUAACUACAUCAGAGUGGUACUUUAAUCAUAUUUCAUCUGAAUCCGAAUCAUGUAUAAAUAUGAGAGCUAUUUAAACUUCCAAAAGUGAUGGCGAAGUCAAACCUAUUCCCGUCGGUGAAGGAGUUAACAAUUAAGGAUAAUGCCGGUUAACGGAAAAUAAUACCCACAUCAAGAUUAAGGAAGGUACUUUUACGUGAUCGAUAAGCUGGCUGAGAGAAAGGAAACCUUCUCCAGAAGUUAACAACAUGAGUUCCCGGCUGUAGUUUACCAACAGUUUCAAACUAAGGCACAGUGUCAGGGAUUUAACUCUGCUGUUGAAUGGUAAUUAAAAAUAAAUAAGGGAAA